AUGCCCGUGGCUCAAGCGGGUGACCCUGCCACGACAACUCCCGCCUUCAGCCCCCGCUCAAGCUGGAAGCAGAGAGCUGCACGAGCAGAAAGGCCCUUUGCAGCUGUAGCACCGAUAGCAACACACUCCACUGCUGCCAGUGCUGCCGCCCAAUCACACGACCGUAACAAUAAAACACUUUCGUAUCAAGGUUUCUUCUUGGAAAGGGCAGAGUUUGCAUCGGCAGACCAAUUUCUAUUUGCUGCACCAUCUGCAGCACAAGACGCCUUGUCAAUCCUCUCUACUGUACCGUCGGGCUCGUCAAGCGCUGCAGCAACCGAUGGGGUGGAAUACUUAGCCCCUGUAGCUGCCGUGCUUGUCGCACCUGCUGCCCCUGCCGCAGUAGAGCUUGCUGAUCCGGCUAUAUCAUCCGCUGUCGUCACAUCGUCAGAGAAUGAAUCUGGCACAGAUGAGCUCGUAGCUGCAGUGAGCCAGCCGUCCGCUGCAGAGACUGCAGCAUCAGCCGUUAUGGCGGCAGCAGCCGGACCCGCUGCAUCUCUUCCACAAACCGUAGAGCAGCCCCAGGACACUGCCGCCGCUCGUGCAGCAGCCGACAGCGCCGAGGAGGCAGCAACAUCGGCACUUGCUGCCGCCGUUGCUGCGGGGAAGAUAUCUACUCAGCUGCUGCAAGGUGCUACAGCAGCUGCUGGCCAGUAUUCCGCAGCACAGCCUGCAGCAGUUACUAAUUUCGAUCCCUCAGCGGCAGCCUCAGUGACUGAUACAGCAAUAACAGGUAUCACACGAACUGAGGCAGUAGCGGCCACUGGAGAGGAACCAUAUGGGGAGGAGGUCACCGAGAAUACUCCCACAUCUUUCCUCGGUACUCCACUCUCUCCUCUCAGUUCCUUGCCAGCGGCAGUUGGAGAUCGUCUUAAAGGAAUCAUCCGCAUUGCUGCUGUCGCUUCUGCAGUACUUAUGCAGCUCACUCCUCUACCGACCAUUGCCAGUCUCCUUUUCUCCGCUUCACUCUGGCUCCUUUACGGCAUUCUUCUUGUCGAGCCUACGAUUCUGCUUCCCAACGUUUCGGGAGUCAUUGCAGGAGCUUCUUCUACUGUACUGGUCCUUUGCAUCACUUCUACAUGCGUGUCCUUGCUACUGAGUGUUGCAGCUGCGGUUAACGUGGUGUCGUACGCGGCACCUCUCGCUGCCUUGCGGGUCGUUUUAAAGGAGAAGAGCACCGCGAUGAUGCCUGCGGAGGUUUCUAUUGGAUUUUGCGUUGGAUUAGCGCAGCUACUGUUGUUGGCCUUCAUCCCGCCACCUUCUAGACAAGGCUUUUCCACCGUCUGUAGCAGCAACAACUGCCGUAGCGGCAAGGGUCUGUACGGGGCAGCCGGUGGGAUGCUACGGAAAACUGAGGGGUACUUUUGGGGGGACAGGAGCGCGCCCUUAAGCAGUACUGCGGCCUCAACUCCCUCACUAAAACCAUCUGUGUGCGCGCUCUCUCCUUCGUUGCCCACCCACGAUGAGCUGUUGAGACACUGUGGCCUAGACAAUCCGGAUGAAUUGUUUGGCCUCGAAGCAGACAUGUUGCACUGA